CCUCGUGGAGCGGCGGGCGCCAUGGGGCAAUCGGGGCGGUCUCGGCACCAGAAGCGCGCGCGCGCCCAGGCGCGGCUCCGCAACCUCGAGGCCUACGCGGCGCAGCCGCACUCGUUCGUGUUCGCGCGUGGCCGCGCGGGCCGCAGUGUCCGGCAGCUGAGCCUGGACGUGCGAAGGGCCAUGGAGCCGCUCACCGCGUCGCGCCUGCAGGUUCGAAAGAAGAACUCCCUUAAGGACUGCGUGGCCGUGGCAGGGCCGCUGGGUGUCACGCACUUCCUGAUCCUGAGCAAGACGGAGACGGCCGUGUACUUGAAGCUGAUGCGUCUCCCGGGAGGCCCCACCUUGACCUUCCAGGUCAACAAGUACACGCUGGUGCGGGACGUGGUCUCCUCCCUGCGCCGGCACCGCAUGCAUGAGCAGCAGUUCACACACCCGCCCCUGCUGGUGCUCAACAGUUUCGGCCCGCACGGCAUGCACGUGAAGCUCAUGGCCAGCAUGUUCCAGAACCUCUUCCCCUCCAUCAACGUGCACAAGGUCAAUCUGAACACCAUCAAACGGUGCCUUCUCAUCAGUUACAAUGCCGACUCCCAGGAGCUGGACUUCCGCCAUUACAGCAUCAAGGUGGUCCCUGUGGGCGCCAGCCGCGGUAUGAAGAAGCUGCUGCAGGAGAAGUUCCCCAACAUGAGCCGCCUGCAGGACAUCAGCGAGCUGCUGGCCACGGGUGCAGGGCUGUCCGAGAGUGAGGCCGAGCCGGACGGGGAGCACAACGUUACAGAGCUGCCGCAGGCCGUGGCGGGGCGCGGCAACAUGCGGGCCCAGCAGAGCGCCGUGCGGCUCACUGAGAUCGGCCCCCGGAUGACGCUGCGGCUCAUCAAGAUCCAGGAGGGUGUGGGCGAGGGCAACGUGCUGUUCCACAGCUUCGUGCACAAGAGCGAGGAGGAGCUGCAGGCCAUCCUGGCGGCCAAGGAGCAGCGGCUGCAGCUCAAGGCCCAGCGGCAGGCCCAGCAGGCCCAGAACGUGCAGCGCAAGCGGGAACAGCGCGAGGCACACAGGAAGAAGAGCCUGAAGGGCAUGAAGAGGGCCCGCGCUGACGGGGACAGUGACGCCGAGGACCCAGGGGCGCCCGAGGCCGAGCAGGGCGCCGCGCAGCAUGAGGAAGAGGAGGACGAAGCUGAGUAUUUCCGCCAGGCUGUGGGCGAGGAGCCUGACGAGGACAUGUUCCCCGGUGCUGCCAGGCGGCGGCGCCCCCCAGGGCCUCCUGGCAAAAAGCAGAAGCUGAAGAAAGAGCCCAAGUCAGACCGAGGUGGCAGGCCCUGCCCGACCAACUUCUCCACCCCGGCUGCCCUCAAGCUCAGUGCGUUCCAGGAGGACUUCCUGUGGCCCCUGCUGGUGGCCACCUUCCUGGUGGCCAUGGCUGGCAACAGUCUGGCCCUGUACCGCUUCAGCACCCGGGAGCCGAGGCCCUGGAGCCCAGCCGUGGUCUUCUCGGCCCAGCUGGCCAUCAGCGACCUGCUCUAUGCCCUGACGCUGCCCCCGAUGGCCGCCUACCUGUACCCGCCCAAACACUGGCGCUAUGGGGCCGCGGCGUGUCUGCUGGAGCGCUUUCUCUUCACCUGCAACCUGCUGGGCAGCGUCAUCUUUGUCACCUGCAUCAGCCUCACCCGCUACCUGGGCGUCGUGCACCCGUUCUACACCCGCAGCCACGUGCGGCCCAAGCACGCCUGGGCCGCGAGCGCGGCCGGCUGGGCCCUGGCCAUCCUGCUGGCCGCGCCUACACUCAGCUUCUCCCGCCUGGAGAGCCAGGACAGCCAUUUACCAAGACAGGGGACAGCUCCUGAGGCCUGCACCAAGUGCCUGGGCACGGCUCCAGACGAGCGGCUGGGGGCCUACAGGGUCUACAGCCUGGUGCUGGCCAUCCUGGGCGGCGGUCUGCCCCUGCUGCUCACGCUGCUGGCCUAUGGGGCCCUGGGCCGGGACGUGCUGCGCAGCCCCAGCAUGACCGCGCCUGAGAAGCUGCGGGUGGUGGCGCUGGUGGCCGGCGGGGUGGCCCUGUACGCCGGCUCCUAUGUGCCCUACCACAUCACUCAGGUGCUCAACGUGGACGCCCGGCGGCGCUGGCUGGCCCGCUGCCCGCACUUCACCAGCGUGGAGCAGGCCGUGCAGGCCCUGGAGCUGGGGCCCUACCUGGCCUUCCAGGUGAUGCGUGUGCUCACGCCGCUGGCCGUGUGCAUCCACCCUCUGCUCUAUAUGGCCGUGGCCCCGAGCCUGGGCUGCUGCCGCUGCCCAUGCCACCCCAGACCCGCCCAGGGCCAGCGCUCCGGCCCAGGUAUGGCCCUGGAGCCUGUGGCCACUCCCAAACCCCCGGAGCAGUGCCUGACCGCCCACGCAGAAAGCUCACAGCCGCAGUGACACAACAGUCCACGCCAGCCGCUUCAAGGUUUUUACUGCCUUCAGAGACCCCGCCCCACGGCAGCAUGUCGCACAGCGUCCCAGCAGAGGCGC